AUGUCAAUUACGGACGCCGACAUCAUCAUUGUCGGAGGAGGCACGGCUGGCCUUACUCUGGCAGCACGCCUAUCCGAGAAUCCCAACCUCCAGGUUCUCGUCCUGGAAGCGGGCCAAGACCAGACUGAGGAUCCUCGAGUUCAGACCCCGGCGCUUUGGCCAGGACUUGUGGCCACAGACUCGGACUGGAAGUUCAUGACAGCGCCACAGGUUGCCUUGAACGGUAAGCAGAUACCCCUACCACAAGGCCGUCUCCUAGGUGGGUCGAGCGCCAUGAACGGAAUGGCAUUUAUUGCCAACUCCAAGUCCAAUGUCAACGCUUGGGGGGCUUUGGGAAACCCCGGUUGGGACUGGGACACCCUCAGCACAUACUACAGGAAGGUCUUCACUCUGACGUUGCCGUCUGAGGAUAAGCGCAAGGAGCUAGGUCUGGAGUACGUGGAUGAGCACGUCAACAGAAACAAUGGGCCCAUUCAGGUAUCCUUCCCAGAUGCUGUUGAUGACCCAAUUCCCAAUGCGUGGGUUGAGUCCUUGCGGGGAUUGGGCUACCCCAUGUUGACUGAUCCCUUUUCCGGACAUGCGUGUGGCGGUUAUACCAAUGCAACAACUAUUGACCCUGUCAAGAAGACUCGUAGCUUCUCCGCUAAUGCAUACUACCUUCCUGCGAAAGAGCGCGAGAACCUACAUGUUGUGACGGAAGCAUUGGUUGAGAAAGUACUCCUCGAGGCUCUUCCCAAUGGUGAUGUCACCGCCACUGGAGUCAGGUACAUGAAGGAUAAUGGCAUCGUCAAGGUUACAGCCCGCCGGGAAGUUAUUCUCUGCGCUGGUACCUUCAACUCGCCAAAGAUACUUGAGCUCUCGGGAAUUGGCUCGCGUACCAUCCUAGAAAGCUUUAAUAUCCCAGUGAUAAUUGAUAACCACAAUGUCGGAGACAAUCUUCAGGAUCACCCUUUAGCCGGGCUUAGCUUCGAAGUACAAGACUUUAUCAACACGAAGGAUGAUUUCAUGCGCCGAGUCCCCGAGGCUCUUAGUGCAGCAAUGGAAAGCUACAAAACGCAUCAGUUCGGUCCCUUCACAAUCGGUGGCAACUACUCCUCUGCUCUUCUUCCACUGCCCGACUUCUCCAAUCCCAGUACCGGCUUUGACGAGCUAGCCACUGUUCUAGCCAUGACUAUACCUGACUCGUCCCACCCCCUCGCUACUGGCCUUGCCUCCUAUGCGCGGUCGCUCCUUGAGAACCCACAGGAAGCCACUGGUGGGUAUUUCACCUACCCGGCCCAGUCUGAUUUCAAGGGAUUCGGCGCAGCCGUGCAAGUGAUCCAGUCGAAGCUCCCCGAGAACUACAUCACCAUCUGUGCCAGUCUGAUGCACCCAUUGUCGCGCGGCACCUGCCACAUCUCAUCUGCCAACCCCGCCGACUACCCCAUCGUCGACCCUCGCUACCUGACCCAUCCCGCUGACCUAGAGAUGCUCGCCCUACACACCCGCUUCAUCGACGUGAUUGCCGCAUCGCAGCCCCUUGCAUCCAUGCUGAAACUGGGUGGUAAGCGGAGUGUGGGUUCGCCUGAUGACUUACGGAAAAUUCCACUGGACGAUGUUAAAGAAUACGUAAAGUGCGCCGGGAAAAGCACAUUCCAUCUAACUAGUACCUGCGCCAUGAUGCCCUGGGAGAAAGGUGGCGUUGUGGACUCCCGCUUGCAGGUCUGGGGUGCAAAGGGACUGCGCAUCGUCGAUGCUAGUGUUAUCCCGAUUAUUCCCAGGGGAAAUACCCAAAGUGUUGUUUACGCCAUUGCUGAGAGAGCAGCGGAUUUGAUUAGAGAGGAUUUGGCGGGAAAGUAG